GUGAGUGUGUGGAACCAGAUCUGAGCAGAUGAGCGUGUGUGUGUUCCGUGGAGGCGUUUAAUCACUGGAAAUCAUCUCAUCUGAGUUCGUAUCAGCGAGAAGAUUCACAUUUACACACCAUUAAUGAGAAGCAGCGGUGAGAAGCAGAUUCAAGUACAAUAAGUUGGCUUCACUUUCCUCUCCCACACAGAUGAGCUGGCUGGCCGGGCGCUGGACCAUGUGACUGCAGAGGGCAGAACAGACGAGUCUCUUUCAGAGCCAGAGAGCCGGUGGAGGAAAAGUGUGGAGGCGCAGAACGAGCAGGUGGUGAGCGGAGGAAUGGGCGUGGGGAAGAACUCCACCUGCAAAUCCAUGGACUCCACAGCGCAGCCAAGCAAAUAUGAAGAGGAGAACGAACACAGUGCCGACUUCUACCCCAUCCACGUGGUGGUUAAUGGAGUGUCACUGACCGCUGGAGACCAGGACAUGGAGGACACUGAGCUCAUGGCCAUGUACACUAAAGAGCGACAAGCUGCUGAUAAAAGUUCAUUAUCGGAAACAGUGGACAGUACAGAGAGCACCGACGCUCGCAAACAUGACAUGAUCUACACCAUAGAAGAUACUCCGCCUUGGUAUCUGUGUAUCUUCCUGGGUUUACAGCACUAUCUCACAUGCUUCAGCGGGACGAUCGCUGUGCCGUUCUUACUGGCUGAGGCCAUGUGUGUGGGCUUCGACCAGUGGGCUACUAGUCAGCUGAUUGGCACCAUCUUCUUCUGUGUGGGCAUCACCACGCUGCUGCAGACUACUGUCGGCUGUCGACUUCCGUUGUUCCAGGCCAGCGCUUUUGCAUUCCUCGCUCCAUCCAAGGCCAUCCUGUCCUUAGAUAAAUGGAAGUGUAAUGAAACAGUUGUUCCUUUGGUGAACAGCACUGAACUCCUGCACACAGAGCACAUCUGGUACCCCAGGAUCAGAGAGAUUCAAGGGGCGAUUAUAGUGUCCUCUCUGGUAGAGGUGUGUAUAGGAGCAUUGGGUCUCCCAGGCAUUUUGCUGAAGUACAUUGGGCCCCUCACCAUCACACCUACCGUGGCCCUGAUUGGCCUCUCCGGCUUCCAGGCAGCAGGGGAGAGAGCGGGCAAGCACUGGGGCAUUGCCAUGCUGACAAUAUUUCUGGUGCUGCUCUUCUCUCAGUACGCUCGUAAUGUACAGCUGCCGCUUCCCAUCUACAAAGCCAAAAAAGGAUGGACCUCAUACCGCCUUCAGCUCUUCAAGAUGUUUCCUAUCAUUAUGGCGAUUCUAGUCUCAUGGCUGCUGUGUUUCAUCUUCACGGUGACGGACGUGUUUCCUCCAGAGAAAGAUCAGUAUGGCUACUAUGCUCGGACAGAUGCCAGGCAGGGCAUCUUGGCAGCCGCACCCUGGUUUAAAGUACCCUACCCCUUUCAGUGGGGGUUGCCGACGGUCACUACAGCAGGCGUCAUUGGCAUGAUGAGUGCUGUGGUUGCCAGUAUUAUUGAAUCUAUUGGUGAUUAUUACGCAUGUGCACGGCUGUCCUAUGCUCCACCUCCUCCUGUACACGCUAUUAACAGGGGGAUUUUGAUUGAAGGUCUGUCCUGCGUUUUGGACGGUGUGUUCGGCACUGGAAACGGCUCCACAUCUUCCAGCCCAAACAUUGGUGUGCUGGGCAUCACUAAGGUGGGCAGUAGGCGGGUGAUUCAGUACGGCGCGGCGUUCAUGCUGCUGUUAGGAACCGUGGGGAAGUUCAGUGCGCUCUUCGCAUCUCUUCCUGACCCGGUGCUGGGUGCUUUGUUCUGCACCCUGUUUGGCAUGAUUACAGCUGUGGGAUUAUCCAACCUCCAGUUCAUCGACCUCAACUCCUCACGCAACCUCUUCGUUCUGGGCUUUUCCAUCUUCUUUGGCCUUGUCCUGCCCAGCUACCUCAAGGGAAACCCUCUCGUCACUGGAAUCGUUGAGAUUGACCAGGUGUUGAAUGUUCUGCUGACCACAGCCAUGUUUGUAGGAGGUUCUGUGGCCUUUAUUUUGGACAACACUAUACCCGGCACUUUGGAGGAGCGAGGAAUCCGGAAGCUUAAGCGCGGCACCGGUUCCAGCUCCUCAGAGCUGAAAGGGAUGCGAUCCUACGACCUCCCAUUUGGCAUGGACUUUCUGCGGCGACACCGCAUUUUCCAGUACCUGCCGAUCAGCCCUACGUUCACUGGCUACCCGUGGAACACGCUGGGUGAGGUCUGUCAGGGGAGCAGCCGAGAGGAGGGCGAAGCUUCGAAGACAGAGACUGGAGAUACUAGGGUGUAGUGCUGGUAGAGCUUGAACCUUGAUCUUAAUACUUUGUGUUUUCCCUGGUCUACAUUAGAGCAGGCAAAGCAUGAACCUGAUGAGCGAGGACUGAGAUUAGCAACCACUGAGUUUGUUUCAGUGCAGCGCUGCUUUUAGGUGAAUUAGAGAGACUCCUCAUGGGGUUAUAGAAUGCACACACACACACACACACACACUUUCUCUUUUGUGCUUUAUCCAGCAGCUGUAACAUACAAACCUGUUGUCUGGAUGACGGGACACUACAGUGUUUCAGGAUGGCGGUUAUAAAAACAUUCCACCGGUGA